UUUGCUGGAGGAUUUACAGGGAUAUUUCGUGUUUCUUGGGUCAUCACACAGUGACUUUAAUAUGACGGUUCUACUACAUCUGUGCAUAUUCGCGACUUUUUGGAGAGCUGUGCAUGCUAUCCAUCCAGAUUGUGCUAUUAUCUCCCAGCUUAUCCAAGACCAAGAGAUCUGCAUCAAAAAUAGGAAGAGAGAAAUGAAGAACCAGUCCCAACAAAAAGGUUGUGGGACGGACUGGGAUGGGAUCCGUUGCUGGCAAACAGCCAAUUCUGGACAACUCAUUAAUGUGUCCUGUUCGGAAGUCUUCCAGCAUAUAUUUAACACGCAAGGUUUUAUAUACAGGAACUGCACAGCUCAUGGCUGGAGUGACCCAUAUCCUCCAUAUGAUGAGGCCUGCGUAUUUGAAGAUGAUUCAGAGUCGGGGACUGUGACAACUUACUUAUCGACUUUGAAACAGCUGUACUCUGCAGGAUACGCAACAUCGCUUAUAUCACUCAUUACAGCCGUUAUCAUAUUCACAUGCUUCAGGAAGUUUCACUGUACCAGAAACUACAUACACAUCAAUCUGUUUGUUUCCUUCAUUCUGCGGGCUAGUGCAGUCUUCAUCAAAGACGCUGUUCUGUUCUCAGAUGAAACUCAGGACCACUGUUUAAUGUCCACGAUAGCGUGUAAGACUGCCGUAACCUUCUUCCAGUUCUGCAUCCUCAGUAAUUACUUCUGGCUGCUGGUGGAGGGCAUGUACCUGCAGACGCUCCUCGCCCUCACCUUCGUCUCGCAGAGGAAGUACUUCUGGUGGUACAUUCUGAUAGGAUGGGGCGUCCCGUCAGUUGUGCUGAUUGUGUGGGUGUUGACCAGACAAUUCUUUGAUAACAGAGGAUGUUGGGAUGACACAGAUAAUAUGAAUAUCUGGUGGAUCAUUAAAGGACCGAUCACAGCAUCACUGUUUGCUAAUAUCAUCAUCUUCCUUAAUGUGAUUCGAAUCUUGGUUCAGAAAUUGAAAAGUCCUGGAGUUGGUGGCAAUGACACGGGUCACUUCAUGAGACUGGCCAAGUCCACCUUGUUUCUGAUUCCUCUGUUUGGGAUGCACUACACUGUGUUUGCCUUUCUGCCAGAAAACACGGGUGAAAUUAUCCGAUUCUACAUCGAACUCGGUCUGGGCUCCUUCCAGGGCUUUGUGGUGGCACUUCUUUAUUGUUUUCUUAAUGGAGAAGUACAGGCAGAGUUGAAGCGCAGGUUAUGGACGUGGCAGACCCAGACUCAUCUGAGCCCCAGUAAAAAGCGUCGGGUCACUGUUACUCAGAUCAUGAUGCAUGAGACUGCUCAUCCGCAGACUGACAUCUGCAACGGCUACAUCACGUCUGUGUGAACACACCCGGAGGGUGCAGGUGGAAAGACAUGCUAAAGAGCUUCCCGCUCAGCUCCGGAGAGUGCAAGACGGUCACAUGAGAGGAAACAGGUACCCGUGCAGCACUUAUCAAGGUCAUGUUGAAAACACCAGAUGUUAGAGUUUGUGACAGGCUUGAUUUGAUUGAGGACCAGCUGAUAAUGAAAUGGCCUGUUCCUGAUGGUGGCUUUUUUGGCGAAUGGCUGAUUAACGUUCGACAAAUCUGAUUGCAUUUGAUUUUGGUAUGCAAAUGAGAGUGAUUAUAAAAUGUUAAGAAGUUUUAUUCACAUCCUCAUUCCAAGUCAAAUGAGCUAGAUGGCGUAAACUGAUAACACAAUUCACAUUUAUCAGUUUGGAGGCAUUUCAUUUUUACAGUUAUUAAUAAGCUAUUGAUUAUUGCUGAUGGCAAGAUGUGCCAUAAUGCUUGUUUUUAACUUAAGAAUUGUUUUUAAAUGAACACUGUACAUUGACAGGAACUGAUAAUAAUUGUGCAUAUCGAUAUCUUCAUCAUCAGUUUGAUUUAAGUGUGCACAAAGAUUGGGGUCAGUCAAAUUUUGUACAAUUUUUUUGAAAGAAGUCUCUGCUGCUCACCAAUGCUAUCCUUAUUUAAUAAUAAUAAAAAAUGGAAAUAUUGUGAAAUAUCACUACUUUUUUUCUAUAUGAAUAUAUUUU